AUGCUGGUUGCAUGUUUUAACCAGGUUUUAUCAGUAUCCACAUUGGAACAGAACUGGCCUCUUGAGGUACGUCUUGCUAUGUACAUUUUCCUGUCUGUUUCCAUAACAAUCACCAUCUUUGGGAACUUGGGUAUAAUAAUUUCAAUCACUCAUUUCAAGCAACUUCACUCUCCGACUAACUUUCUCAUUCUUUCCAUGGCUGCUACGGAUUUCUUUCUAGGUCUGAUCAUAAUGCCAUAUAGCAUGGUAAGAUCAGUGGAGAGAUGCUGGUAUUUCGGAAGGAUGUUUUGCAAAAUUCACUACAGUUUUGAUCUGAUGCUCAGUGUCAUUUCCAUUUUCCAUCUCUGCACCAUUGCCAUUGACCGCUUUUACGCAGUGUGUGCUCCUCUUCACUACCCAAACAAAAUGACCAUUCCUGUGAUAAAGAAGAUGGUAUGUUUCUGUUGGUCAGUGCCUGCUAUAUUUGCAUUUGGAGUUGUCAUCACAAACUCACACGUGUCUGGAAUAAACGGAUAUGAACAGCUGGUUGCAUGUUUUAACCUAUGCCCAAUUACAUUCAACAAAUUAUGGUCUUUAAUUAUGUUUUUCACAUGUUUUUUUGUACCUGGCUCUGUAAUGGUUGGAAUCUAUGUUAAAAUAUAUUUGGUAUCUCAGAGGCAUGUUAAAAUGCUAAAUAAUGCUACAGGGAAUAUAUCAAAGGAGCUAACCUCUCAAAUCUCCAGGAAAAAUGACCGCAAGGCUGCAAAGACACUCGGUAUUGUAAUGGGAGUGUUUCUGUCAUGCUGGCUACCAGUGUUUAUCACUAUUUUGAUUGAUCCAUUUCUAAAUUUUUCAACUCCAGAAGUACUGUUCGAUGCUCUGAAUUGGCUUGGAUACAUCAACUCCACUUGCAAUCCACUAAUCUAUGGAUUUUUUUAUCCAUGGUUUAGAAAAGCUUUGAAAUAUAUUAUUUGUGGCAAAAUCUUUGAACCAGACUCCAGGGCUACAAAUGUAUCAGAAAAGCACUGA